AUGUCCUCCAAGUCAAGUAAAAAACAAAAGUUGAUAAUGAGAUACAAAGAUCAUCUAAUGGCCAUCAUCUACAAUCAAUGCCUAAGCAAAGGAGAUGUGAAUUAUUCAAGUUCAUUAUCAAGUUCUGAGGGUCUCGUGGCCGAGUGGUUAGCGUGUCCGUCUACCACUCCCACGACCCGGGUUCGAAUCCUACAGUUUCUACAGGUUUAUCCGGGUAGCCAACCCUCGGCCAACCCAGCCGUCCAUCUUUUCGAAGACGUAAGUUGUCGCAUGUUGGCCGGCGAAAUGGCUCAGUGGUUCAAAUGCUCGCUGAGUCAAAACAUCUCAAUGGCUAUCAUAUACUCAGCGUAUAUGAUGCGGUGCUUGCGCGUGAACAUAAAUACUUGUGUACGUCGUGUUUAA